AUGGCCAACGAACAAGAUAAACUCAACAUUGAUGGAAUCAUUCAACGUUUGCUCGAAUUUCGAGGUGCUAAACCGAAUAAGAACGUUCAUCUAACCGAAAAUGAAGUGCGAGGUCUAUGUUUGAAAUCACGUGAAAUAUUUCUUAGUCAACCAAUUUUACUCGAACUUGAGGCACCAUUGAAGAUUUGUGGUGAUAUUCACGGUCAAUACUAUGAUUUACUUCGUCUGUUCGAAUACGGAGGCUUUCCACCUGAAUCAAACUACCUGUUUCUUGGAGAUUAUGUCGAUCGCGGGAAGCAAUCACUCGAAACAAUAUGUUUAUUAUUAGCAUAUAAAAUAAAAUAUCCCGAGAAUUUCUUUCUUCUACGAGGAAAUCACGAAUGCGCAUCGAUCAAUCGUAUUUAUGGAUUUUAUGAUGAAUGCAAACGACGCUAUAACAUUAAGCUAUGGAAAACUUUUACAGAUUGUUUUAAUUGUCUUCCUGUGGCAGCGAUUAUUGACGAGAAGAUUUUCUGUUGUCAUGGUGGUUUGAGUCCCGAUUUACAAUCAAUGGAACAAAUUCGACGAAUUAUGCGACCAACUGACGUACCUGAUCAAGGUCUAUUGUGUGAUCUCCUAUGGUCGGAUCCUGACAAAGAAGUGAAUGGAUGGGGAGAAAACGAUCGAGGAGUGUCAUUCACAUUCGGAGCGGAGAUUGUAUCGAAAUUUUUACACAAACAUGAUCUCGAUUUGAUAUGUCGAGCGCAUCAAGUCGUGGAGGAUGGUUACGAGUUUUUCGCAAAACGUCAGUUAGUGACAUUGUUUUCAGCACCGAAUUAUUGCGGAGAGUUCGAUAAUGCCGGAGCCAUGAUGUCAGUUGACGAAACACUUAUGUGUAGUUUUCAGAUUUUGAAACCAUCAGAGAAAAAAACGAAAACACCUUCGCUGGGUAAUAAUCGUCCAGUUACGCCUCCACGAGGCGGGGCGGGUGGUAAUCCUGGCAUGAAAGAUUCUUUAAUAAAAGAUAGCAAAAAACCAAUGUAA